AUGAGCGUGAACAGAAAACUUAAACAAUGCCGAACACUUUCCUUAUGCUACUGCCUUUCGACUUAUAUAAAUUUUGGAGGUUUUUUAUUCUCUUUUCCAGUCCGAGUUUUAGAAAAUGGUUCGCCUGUUGUAUUUUGGCUGAGCGCAUAUAGUUUGGGUGUGUGUUUAUUUUCUCAUUAUUUGGUAAAAAGGGUGUGGUACAGCAGGCCGAAAUUUUACAGCCUAGCCGUAAUAGCUGUAAUAGGUGUAUCUACAUUAGUGGCGGCAGCCCUUUGUACAUGGAGCUUUGUAUAUUUUUGUGGGGGUUAUAUCCAUGGAGUCAAAUUUUCUUUACCCCAAAAAAAAGGAUCUGUCGAUGUCACCGAACGACUUGCAACUACUACAACAUUAUGUUUUGUCGUUGCGCUUUUUGAAUUAUUGUGCAUAAUUAUCACUUUUUUACUCUACCAAAGACUGAAUAUUGAUUGGGCAAAAGCUGCAGUUUGGCUUAGGAAAGAGUCGCCGGAAAGAUUUCCAACCAACCAACAUGGAAGUGAUGAAAAAUAUAUCAAGUAUAAUGAUCCAGAUAGAUGCAUAUUGGAAGGACAAUAUAAUGUACUUUAA